AUGGCGGACAAAGAAGACCAAGUUCUUGGACGAUCGCAGGCCACUGCCUUGGAUCGGACCCUGUCCCGGCGGGACACAGUUUUGUCGCGGAUCCGUUCUCGACCCAAUAUCCAAUUUACACACCCCCUUGCACAUAUCCCGACGACAGAGGACGAGAUUGUCGAUUUCGACGGCCCUGAUGAUCCCUACCAUCCUCUCAACUGGCCCACACACAAAAAGGUGCUUACCACGGCACUCUAUGGCCUUGUUACCAUGUCGGCGACUUGGGCUUCAUCGGCAUACUCUGCCGGUACGCUGCAAGUCGCCAAAGAAUUCCACGUUGGAACGCAGGUUGCAACGCUAGGAACUACAUUGUUCCUCUUCGGCUUUGGCGUUGGCCCUUUACUAUGGGCACCGCUGAGUGAAGUCUAUGGCCGGCGCAUUGCCGUCAUGGCUCCUAUGUUUGUUGCCAUUUGCUUCAGCUUCGGGACCGCUACGGCCAAAGAUCUUCAGACAGUGAUGUUGACUCGUUUCUGGGGUGCCUUCUUCUCAUCUGCUCCUGUUACGAACACAGGCGGUGUAUUGGGAGAUUUGUACUCUCCAGCAUACAGAGGUAUUGCCAUGGCUGGCUAUGCAAUGGCUGUCGUCGGUGGCCCUUCUUUGGGCCCUAUUGUCUCUGCUGCUGUGACGGAACAGUCAUUCCUAGGAUGGCGCUGGACCGAAUAUCUUACAGGAAUCAUCCAGGCCUUUUUCCUACUGCUUGCAGUCAUCUUCAUCGAUGAAAGCUACCCCCCGAAACUCCUCGUAUACAAGGCGCGUCGACUGCGCCACGAGAGCGGAAACUGGGCUCUGCAUGCCAAAUUCGAGGAAUGGGACGUCAACAUCAAGGAUCUGUGUAAAAAAUUCUUGGUUCGUCCGGUGCAGUUACUCCUCACGCCUAUUUGCUUCCUCGUUGCUCUGUAUGCCAGUUUCUGCUACGGCAUCUUAUACAUGCAACUGGGCGGCAUUCCUAUCAUCUUUCGUGAAAUUCGUGGAUGGAACCCUCUGGUCGCUACGCUGCCUUUCACGUGCAUCUUCCUUGGAGCCAUUCUUGGAUGUGGUGCGAAUGUGUACAACCAACUGUUGUAUAACAAGGCAUAUCACGCCGCUGGAAACCGAGCAGUUCCCGAAAAACGAUUGCCGCCCAUGAUGGUUGGCUCCGUCCUGUUCAGUGGCGGACAGUUCUUGAUGGGUUGGACUGGCCCGCAGCGCGAUAUUCACUGGAUCGUCCCUUGCAUCGGCCUCGUCAUGCUGGGCACAGGUUUCUUCACCAUUUUCCAGGCUGCGCUCAAUUACCUGGUGGAUACAUUCCAGGCUUACGCUGCAUCAGCUGUGGCGGCAAAUACCUUCCUUCGAUCAUGCUUUGCUGGUGCCUUCCCGCUGGUUGUAGGACCUUUGUUCCACAACAUUGGUGUCGGCCCAGGCUCCAGCAUUACUGGUGGGUUUGCCGCGUUGCUGAUUCCUGUCCCAUUCUUCUUUUACAAAUAUGGAAAGCGAAUCCGAGCCGGUUCCAAAUGGUCAAAAGCAUCUGUUUAUGAUUAA